GGCCACUAUUGUUGUGUCCGUUCAACUUUUGAGACUGCAAACUUGUUGCUGCAGUAUUCACAGAUCGUAUCCUUCAUUUAGCUGGGCCACGUUCGGUUUCUUUAAUUAAUAUCAAGUAUAUAUCGUCUUUUCCCAUUUUCGUAGCUCAUUCUCCAUCAUGAGAGGCAUUCAAGUCGCCCAAUAUGUGAAGGGACCUCAGGAACUAAAGGUGUCGGAUCUCCCUGAUCCUGUGCCUAAACCCGACCAGUACUUGAUUGAAGUCCAUGCCGCGGCGGCAAACUUUUUUGAUAUCCUUCAAAUUCAAGGGAAAUACCAACUUCAACCGCCUCUUCCCUGGGUUUCAGGAUUCGAGUUUGCCGGUGUGGUCAUCUCCACACCCUCCAACAGCAAGACGCCCGCUUUCGCCGUGGGAAGCCGCGUGUUUGGUGCCUCCCAGGGUGCCUAUGCGACGAAGAUAUGCGCUGUUGAGGCAUCCCUGCUCGCGGUGCCGGAUGGCUGGUCCUUCCGCGAGGCGGCCGGCCUUUUCGUGACGGCCCCGACCUCGUAUGGUGCCCUGGUCGUCCGCGCAGACGUCAAGCCAGGUGACUAUGUGCUCGUCCACGCGGCAGCCGGAGGUGUCGGCCUCGCGGCUGUGCAAGUGGCCAAGGCCAAGGGUGCAACCGUCAUCGCGACGGCCGGUACCAAGCGGAAACUGGAGGUCGCCAAGGCCUUCGGAGCAGAUUAUGCCAUAGACUACCGGGCUGCUGACUGGCCAGAUCAGGUCAAGAAACUGACCCCCAAAGGCCGUGGUGUGGAUAUCGUCUACGACCCUGUCGGCCUGGUCGACAAGAGCACCAAGUGUAUCGCCUGGAACGGGCGCAUCCUCAUCAUCGGGUUCGCCGCCGGUUCGAUCGAGAAGGUGCCAAUGAACAAGGUGCUCCUGAAGAACAUCUCGCUGGUUGGAAUCCACUGGGGAGCCUACACCCUGCACGAGCCGGCCAAGAUCGGUGAGGUCUGGGAUGACAUCCGAGACAUGAUCAAGAAGAAGCAAUUUCGCGGGACCGAGUUCACAGACAAAGAAUUUGUCGGGCUCGAGUCCGUCCCUGAUGCGCUGAUUGCCCUUGGGAGUAGAGAUACCUGGGGCAAGGUUGUGAUUCGGAUUCCGCAGGGAUCGUCGGGGAAAUUGUGAGGGAGGCUCUGAUCUAGUGUAUCGUAGUGCUGGUUUCCAAGAUUCUAGACGAGCAAGUCGGCAGCUAGACAGCCGGGCUGGGUCUAGAAUCUCGUCUAAUCCCUAGUCAAGAGGGUCUUUUUGAGAUGUACCGUAGUAAAGGUAAAAUCGGAUGGUGGGGGGGACAAAAGGGGUGUAAAGACAAGGGCGGAAAAAUCGUCCGAUCAACAAGCCGAUGAUGUAGGUGUAUCAAGACAGAAAACAAGACUCUGGAAGUGCAGAAGCUUUUCUGUUUUUCCUGUUAUCAAUGUUUUGUGACGAA